CCAUUGAAAGUGUGCUCUAAAGUUCCCAGUGGAUGAAAAAGAAACAAUGUUUACAGGACCCCUCAGCUUGUUUCCCUUCAGUCAAGAUUAUGCCCUUUCUUUGGAUAUUUCAUGUUAUUGAUGGGUAGAUUGUUAUGCGGGAUUUUAUCCCGGAAAUCUAUUCUGCAUUUAUAAAGAAAUUGUUUCAUGUUCAAGUUCAAGAAUAGCAAAUGGUUAUGACAGAGGGAAUGGGAUAUUUUUUUCCAAGAUGGCGUUCGUACUCCGUCUGCCUUUGAAGCUUCUCACCGUUAUUUACGUCUGUCAUAUUUACACCAUUUAUUCGAGAAGAGUUAUGUGGUCCAAGUUUCAAAAAACAACUAUGUCUCCUCUUGAUGUUUAUCCAGUGCCGUUUUUCUUAAACUAAAACAUGUCUCAGAGAGUGAAGAAAUUGCCGUCUAAAGGCAAAUGUGAAGAUGGGACUCAUACAAUGAGUUCAAAAGGAAAGCGCAAACGCCUCCGAGUAGGUGGUGGGACCAAAACUAUUUGUGGGGGAACUGUUCUGUCAGGAGAUGACCAUUCACAGUCUCAUCCAGAUUCAGCCUCCAAAACACCAUGGACUCCUCGUUACCUUUCUGACCUAAAGAGCUCUAAUAUAUACAAUCGCAAUGCGAUUGAAGCACCUGCUGAGCUGUUUCGAAAGGACCUUAUUUCAGCAAUGAAAUUACCAGACUCUGAGCCAUUAGGCACUGAAGACUAUUGGUCGUUAUCUGAUCCAUGGCGUCAGGAGUGGGAACGAGGUGUGCAAGUUCCAGUUUCUCCUGAUUCUUUACCGAUUCCUCGAGUUAUAUGUUUGCCGAAUGCGCAUGCGCCAGAGAGAACACACGAUUUUAAACUUCCGAAAAACAAAUUUGUACGGGUGACGCACGAUGAUUUCUACUCACCCGAUGUCCAUCAAUUAACCUCUGCUCCAGCACGAUCGCAGCAAGCAUGUGCCUAUGACAUGGACGACGUGGAUCUAGCUUGGUUAAACCGCGUAAAUGCUCAGCGUAACGCUAUAGGUUCAUCCAAGAUAUCCGAGUUGUCAUUCGAGCAAACGAUGGAAGAGCUCGAGCGCCAAUCGUGGGCUAAUAUGCAAACACUGCUCAAGACAGAAGAAUUUCUCGGCAUUGAGUACGACGAAAACGUAAUUUGCGAUGUUUGCAGAGGGCCGGAUUCUGAGGAAGGAAAUGAAAUGGUUUUCUGCGACCGUUGCAAUAUUUGCGUACAUCAAGCUUGCUACGGUAUCUUAAGCAUACCACCUGGUCCCUGGUUGUGCAAACCCUGUGCCCUAGGAUUGCGCCCACCAUGCCAGCUUUGUCCUAACCAAGGCGGGGCGCUUAAAGCUACAAGAGGAGGAUCCACUUGGGCUCAUGUAGCAUGCGCCUUAUGGAUACCUGAAGUAUCUAUAGGUUGUGUUGAAAAGAUGGAGCCCAUUACUAAAAUAUCAAGCAUUCCGCCAAGUCGGUGGAAUCUAAAUUGUGUAUUGUGCAAAGAAAAGGGUGGUGCCUGCAUCCAGUGUUCCGUGAAGUCGUGUAAAACUGCCUAUCAUGUGACUUGCGGUUUCAGGCAUAGUCUAGAGAUGAAGGCUAUCGUCGAGGAUGAGCAUUCCGAAGACGGAGUAAAGUUAAGGUCGUACUGCCAAAAACACUCGAUGGUAAAAAAAAGUUCCGGAGGGAUCACGGGAUCUCAUGUUGAAGGCGAGGGGGAGGAAAACACCCAAUCCGUUAGAAAAUUGAAAAAAGAAAUGACUGUCGAAGAAAGGAACUUAAUCCGUGCCCAAAAGCUACAACUCAUCGAAUCGGACUUCUAUAAACAUGCUAGCAUUAACGAAACUUCUCGGACGUUAGAUCUUGAUCUUGAUGUCGUCGAUCAGAUCUUCAACUUUUGGGUUCUUAAACGAAAGUCCAACCGAGAUAGACCAUUGCUACCGCCCAAAACCACUGAAACGGAACGAUUAAGUCAGCAACAACAGCAAGAUAUGGAACGCAUGAAAUUAUUUGUACAGCUGCGACAAGACCUAGAGAGGGUUCGAAAUUUGUGUUACAUGGUCAGCCGAAGAGAGAAAUUAUCGCGAUCGUAUUUUCGAUUGCGGGAACAAACCUUCCACAAGCAAGCAGCCAUUUUGUCUCUGUCUGAUCUCCAAAAAAAUAUCACCCCAGCUGAACUGAUUGCACUGCGUGAUGCCAAUCACGGCUCCAAUAUCUAUGACCUUGUAUAUUCACGUGGGGAAACGAUCAAAAAAGAAGGCUUUGAACAAGUCAUUCAACUCAUAGCAGGUGUACAGUCGAACAUCCCCGUAAUGAAAAAGGAUAAAAAUGGAAUCGUUGGUCGUCCCAAUCAUUUAAAGGAAGACAACCCAUACAAACGCACGUACAUGAAUGGUGGCGAAAGCCGUAGAUCCCGCUCGCUAUCUUCCAUCAGUGCCGAAUCGGCUGCCUCUGAUACUGAAACAAACAGUAGAUGGAAGAGACCGGUGAGAACACCGUCGCAAACAUCAAUUACCUCGGUAGACAGCGAUUUCGAUGUAGCCAUUACACAGCUCGGUUCCAAAAAAGCCGGUUCUAAAACUAGUGAUAGAGCUGGCAAGUUCAUUUACACCGACAGCGAAGAAGAAGCGGGACCUCGCAGUGACCCUAGUUCUUCAGUUGUGCGGACUAAAGCCGCCGUCAAGGCAUUUUCUCCUGUCACGACUGGCAGUCGGGGUCGGGGUAAGAAAACUAGUGAGCCCAAAUCUGCUACGAAAUCCACCACCGAUUUGAUCGUGCCUCAGCGACAGGCUGCAAAGAAGGCCACCGAAAGUUUGCAUAGCGCUAAUGCCAAUGUCUCAGCUAAAGAGAAAAAGGAAGAGAAGGAAACUAAAGGCGUGGGCAAAGAAAACGUUGUUCUCUCCCAACAGCCCAAGAGUGAACUUAAAAGUAUUGCCGAGACAAUGAAUUUAACCUCGGAGGAAACCUGUUCCGUGGAGAAACCCAAAGGAGACGCAAAGAACAAUGGCAAAGAAAAGGAGAAGAAAAAUUCUUUGGUGGAGAAAGUAAUAGCACCAUCCGAGUUUCCAUCUUAUGUGCCGCAAAGACAGGCAGCUAGGAAAGCGGCAGAAACAAUAAAAAUCGGGAGUUGCAAGUCGUCGAUUUCGUUGUUCGACAUCGACUCUGACAUACCGGGUGAUUCUUCUAUGAAAAAGAAAUUGAAACCUGAUCCCAAAACAGUGCCGAACCCACCUGGCAAAGGGAAAGUAGAACCGAAAUCAAAAUCCAAGAUUGAUAUCCUGUUCGAUACAACUGAUUCUGAUUCUGGUGAUUCAAAAGAGGGUAGCGAGCUUACAACCAAAAAGAAAGGUAAGAUGGGUGCUGAUGCGGAGACGACUCAGAUAGCCGGUAAGCCCUUUCGAGACAGGGGUCCCCGGCCAUCAGAGUCCGAAUCCCAUUCCACCCGAGGAGGUGUGGCUACAUCCAGUCAGUCCUCCUCAGCUGGUCGUGGGGCCCAGAAAACUACCGGCAAAAACGUGUCAGCCACCAAAUUGGUCACAUCGACUCUCUCGGAAACGAAAAGUGGCCCGGUCAGAAAUAAAGCCCAGCCCGCCGGAGAGUCCUCCGCACAACCCAAACAGCAACAGCCGGUCAAGAAAGUUGCUCAAAUCAGCCCGAUGUCUGAGAUCCCAUCCGGACCCGAAUGUCCCGUUGCCGUUAGGGCUCAAAAACAACCCGGCAGAUCGAGAAGGAGAUCGAGCUCAUCCAGUUCAAGAUCUCGAUCAAAUAGCUCCUCAAGUUCGUCUUCCUCAUCAAGUUCCUCUUCAUCUGGAUCUUCAAGCUCCAGCCUUAGUAGCUCAUCUAGCUCCAACUCAUCCAGCGAAUCAGUCAAAUCGACCAAUGUCAGUAAAGUGCACCCGCAGUCAGAGUCUGCGCAGCCACAGCAACCGCCGCCUAGAACCGGUGCAGGAACCACCAGUUCCAUUGAUAUCGUUACCAAACCAAGUAAAUUCUCUUCGUCCUCAUCCUCUUCUUCAUCAUCGUCAUCUUCCUCUUCGUCCUCAUCAUCCGAUUCAUCCAGUCACAGUUCCGAUUCGGAAUCGGGAUCGAACGCCAGCGAAGCCGUUCCUCAGACAAACGCGAUCAAAGGCCGAAUCACAUCGCCUCGACUGUCUAAAACCUCGGGAGAAACAGCAGCAGCAACCACGACACCAAGUGUUGCCAGCCCAGCCAAAUCCGACGAGCCGUCCAUUGCAAGAACGAAACUGCCCGUCACCGACCCUGAUAAUCGAUCACAUGUUAACAAACCUAAGCCAAAACAGGCUAACAGACGUAGUAGAGGAGAUUCCAUCUCAUCGACACAGCGUGAAGGAUUCGAGAAUCGGCAACCGUGUCGGACAAGUACUGGACUCGAACACUCUGACGGAAAGCGUCGAAAUUCAGCUGAGUUUCCCAGUUCAGAGCCAGUAUGCAGCCCAAUUAAGCAGGAAAAAUUGCCCGAACCAGAAGGCCGGAUCGAUAAAGGUCAAGCGAACGAUGCCUUAUCGAAAUCGGAAGCCACGAGAGCCGGGCACGAUGAAGGAGCUGAAAUGGUUGAACGCCCAACUCUUGAAGGAGCGACCCAAACGCCAGAUGAGGAGACAGGGAAGCAUCGGAGAAAUGAGGAGCCCUCUGACAUCAAGCUCGAGCACACGAAACCGGUCGAAGAGCCUUUUUCCGUUACUCAGCCUCCCGUGAAAAAGGCGAAAGAGGAAGUAGCAAACAGAAGUGGAGACCUCUUUGAAUUUGACGAAAGCGAGUUGUUGGACAUUGCUCGUAGCGUUUCGGACAGUGGCACAGGUUUCCUGAAAAGUGCCUCGCAAAUGAGUGAAGGCCGAUUGUUUGAUGAGGAUUACGAUCAGGACGAUACGGCAGCUCUUUCCACUUUGAGUUAUUCGUUCAGCGCGGAAGCUAUUCCGAAGGCAGACACUAACGAGGACAGCGCCAGAGAAACAAUGAAUCUCGUCGAAAAAUUGCGAAUGCAAUACGCUAUCAAAACAGGACCUGCACCACCUAGCUGUGCGACACCGUUGCCAAACGCUGAAAGCGUAGCAACGCCAAGCGAAAGCCGAUCAUCAGCGCAACCUGAACAGCAAACGCAGUCUCCCAAGUCUGAAGACGGCCGAAAUAACUGCCACUCGUUGUCUGUAGUGACCGACAAGGAAACGGACUCGCUGUUCGCCGAAAGAGCUGUUACGCCUUCCAACAACAUCGCUCCGUCUAGCAAGUGGAAACCUUUGACUCCAGCCAAAGAGGCAUCAAGCACAAAUCGGAACGAUGAAGCGUCUCUUGCUCCGGAAAUGCCUCUUGUGUCAGCCAAUCAAGAAUCGGUAGAGCCAGUCGAAACGCAAUCCCAUGCAUCUGCUCAAAAUAGGUCCUCGCCAUCUGCCUAUGCUCACACGGAUCCCUCAGCGGUGGUUACCCAAGAUCACACUUUAUCCCCUUAUUUUUUCAACGUUCCGUAUUCAACCCCGUUUCACUUCCCGCCGUAUUUCAGCUCCUUUUUCAGGCCAGAAUUCCUACCACCUUUUCUUUUUCCUACCUCGUUUAAUGCCCCCGCCGUGGGAGACGUGUCGAUGCUACAGCGUCCUGGUCUUCCGUCACAAACCCCACAGUUCAUGUGUCCACCACAUCCGGCGCUGCCGUUGUCCAGUUCUGCACCGCGGGCUGAAUGCCCUGCACCGGCAGAAGCACCUCGGAUGGAACCAAAACGUGUUUCAGACACUGAACAUAGCGAGUCUCAAGUCCAACUUGAAAAAGAACAUCCACCACCAGCAGCACCGCCCGUCACCGAAUCUUUGAAUCGAUCUUCGGAAAAACUGCUUUUGGCACUGCCGGGAGGCCACUCGCCCGCCAAAGGGCCUACAGAACCAGAAUUACCUGUGCAGAGUGUUAGCCAAUCGGUUGAGAUUAUAGAAUCGAACAGAAGAGGUGCGAGUCCGGCACCAUUGCCAUCAUCGCCGUUGGAAACGAUUACGCCAGCAGUAAAUAUAGGGCCAGUAGGACACACGCUCGACACGGCAUUUCAUCAACCAAUUCACUCGGACGAUCCGACUACCGGGUCAUCUUCAGGCUUGUUGACAUCGCCGGAUGUGAUUUAUCGAUCGGUGCCGUCAAACGUUCGUGAAGCUUCGCCCGUUGUCUCGUCACCGACAACCGAGCUUAACGCUUUCAAUUCAGAGAAACGUCAACGUCCUACCCGUCAGGCAGCUAUCAACGCCACGAAAGUGACGGCAGAGCAACUGAAUGAUAUGCAUCCGUCUAGUGUUCAAAGCACUGAGACCGCCGCACCUAUUACUGAGGUGCCGGCGUUGACGUCGAACGUCUCGCCCAGUAGACCACGAGGAGGAGCAAGAGGGAGAGGGAGCCAUCGUGGAGCCCGCGCUAGAGGCGGUGCCGCGGCGAAGAGGGGCCCGAUGGGCGUGUUCGAACCGAAACUUGUCUCCGGACUUUCAUCGCAAGACCUUGCUGGAACAGUUUACGAUUUCGACGACUUUAAUGACGACGUCAGUGAUCCCGAACGAAGUUGUCCGCUAAAUUCGAAAUUGAUUCGUAAGCCUGAGGCAUUUUCCAGUCCCUUGAGCGGUAAAAGCCCGAAAUGCAAGUCGGGCCAGCCAGUCUCAAUAACCGGCUUGACGCGCAGCAGAAAAAGCCGCGAACCUUCCACCGACAGCGCUGGUUUCGAUUCCGAGAACGAAGCAUCGCGAAGGAUGACCAACACCCCAAUGUCGUUCCACCUCGACAAAUCGCCGCCGAUUCGCAAGCGUUCCGUUGAGUGCGAAACGCCCAUUCUAGCCCCUCAGAUUGUACCUCCAAUGAGGUUGACGAUUCCUCGAGUCAACGUCAGUACGCCCAACGUCGAAUCGAGCAUAUUGACAACUCCGAGUGCUCCAUUGCCCUAUAACCGAAUUGUCGAAGAGCCUCCUUCCUUAUCGGAAUCUAAGCGCGACGUUGCGAUCGUGCAAGAGUUGCAACCGACUUCCACUGCUGAGCUUAAUCAUUGCCCUCCCGUUGCAGAACCGUUGCCGAUUCCUUCGACUUCUUCGACUUCUUCCACAAGCCCUGUUGUCGGACAGACCAGCAGCGCAUUACCCAAUCAACUUGCUGAUUGUUUGCCUCGUGCAGCUUCUAUGCCUGGGCCAUCAGUGAAAGCCAUGCAGGACUUGGAAGCCCUUAAUCGUGCUAUCGAGUCAGCCUUGGCCGCCAAGCCGUGUUUAGCCGAUGCCGUCAAACCGGAAGCGUUUAUUCCACCAGCUGCGUGUCCAUCGACGACGGUGGCUGCCACGCCGACGUGCAACAGCAUCAUGACGUCAAUUGAUUCUUCGCGCCACGCUCUCAAAUUCAAAAUCAAAGGUCCGUUUUUGGACGCUAACUAUUCCGGUGGCAAUUCGGCUGGCAAUACCUCAGCUCUUCCGUCGUCUUUGAAUGCCAGCAGCGCGUCUUGCACUCCGGCCGCCGAGAGCUCCAAUCUGAGGCGAAUGCGGAAAAAAGAGUUGAUCCGGCAAUACGUUUCGCAAGACGUUACUGCUCCGCCUCAACCCUCUCAUCUGAAUGCCUUCCUUCACUUCCCUUAUUCGUCGGCCCUCGCGUAUGCCAACGAGGAGUACCUCUUAGCCGGAAGCAAUGAUCUCAGCGAAGUCAUUGGCAGCACCAAUACUGGAACGCUUCCCUCCUCAUCGAACCUGGGGCAGCAAGCCAUCGGUGGCGCUGGUGGUGGUGGUGGUGGUGGUGGUGGGGGCUAUAAUGGAGGAAAAAGUCACAUUUCAAUUCCAAAAGCUGUGGCUUCACUAGGAUCGUUUGGCAGUCACGAUGACUACAUCAGUACCGGCCCGCUCAAUGAACACGCCAGGGAUGGUAAAAGAAGAAGAAGAGGCAAUGCCAUGAAUCCGCCACUUUCGCGAGAAUUGCGUAAUCUCCAGAUGUCGGCGUCGCUUAUGGACCCGUCUCUGGCGGCGGACAGGACUAGCGAAACGGAAGCGGGUAAGAGAAAGGAACGGCGGCGGGGGCGGCCUCCGAGUAACCGAACCAACGCCACUUGUCAAGAGAUGACCGUCGUCAGCGACAAAGAUAAGAAUACCAAUUUGGAUUUUGCUACGCAUCCGCCUCCAAAGUUGAAGAUUCGAUUCCGUGAAAAACUUGGCGCUGGUGAAGUGGUCACUGUGUGUGACUCGGGUGGGCUGGACGUUUCCACCGAGAACGCCAGUGACGACCCGUUGGCCGCGCACACCAAAGAAGACGAUGAAGCCAAGAAGAUCCGAUUCCGGCCGCCUAAAAAACGUUUAUCUGACUCUGGCAGUGAUGUCAACAAAUUGGUUGGAAGAGACUCGAUGGGCGGUGGCAGCGACCCGCCGCGCCUGGAAAACAAUCCGCCAACGCUGGAGGAGCUAUGGAGGCAAAGCAUGAAAUUUCGCGAAGAAGUGAUGGCUGAUUUUUCCAAAUCAGAGAGACGAAAAGGACAUCAGCAGCAGUCAGUCGGUGACAAUAGCAGUGCCGACAAGCCAGAUGGCGCGCCUUGCGGUCUCGAUUUCAAACCUGAAUUCAAAAACAAGCGACACAAAACGAAAACGCGUAAGGAUCGCAGCAAAUCCAAGGACCGCGACGGCAAUAACCGUCGGAGGCCUCCGGUAGCGAGCACGGACCUUGUAUCCAUCGCCGGCGGAGGUGGCAUAGAAGGCUACCAUUUUGCUAGCGUUGGUGGUUGUAGUGGGGACGCCGUCGAAAGCGGCCGCAAGAGGAAACGAAGUUUAAGUGAUGAGAACGGUGUCAACCCUUGCAUUGAUGGUCACGCCGGUCGCAAUGGGGUUCAAAUCAUUUCCAAAGAUAAUCGAGAAAAUUGUUCGGCACCGCCUAAACUGAUCAUUCGCUUUGGCAAGAAGCCUGUAAGUGGAACUCGCGAUCCUCCAUCCAACGAUGUGAAAUUGUUGCAGAACAUGGAAUCUCAAGGUAACGAAGAUGUGACACCACCGCCACCGCUCGAGAAACACGAAGGAGGGGAUGUUCCAUCGGGAGUCACCUCUAUGCGACUGAUGCCUAUCAAGCUCAAACUAGCGCGUUGCUCGCAGGGCAGCUACGUUACCAAAGCCAAAUCAGACUCUACUCCACCUCCGUCGCCAACAGCUACGCCUAAAGAGAGCUGCGAAGUCAGAUGAUGAAAGUAAGAAACUGCCUCUCUCUCCCCCCUCUUCCCACCUCACAUAAUUUUGCUUCCAUCUACUCCUUUGUUUUGCGUUUCAUAGCACGCGAUGUGGCAUUCGAAUCGGAGAUGGGGAAAAAAUCAAGUGACUGAUGUAACUGCUCGGGAUUUUUUUUUUUUUUCUUUUCUUGUUGGAAUGAAAUGAAUGAACCCCUCUAAACCAAUUUCGUCUUGUUCAAUGCGUGGUUGCAACCGUCAUUUUAUGAAAUUUUGUUAGACCAACAUGUUCAACAGUUUUGCAUGCAUUGUGUUUACAAUCGUUUUACGACGAACAUAUUGACACCCCAUCACUUCUUUACCGGGGAGAGGGGGGCAUUGUUUAUUUUUUUAUUUAUUUUUUUACUUGCCCAUAUUCAGGUGGAAUAAAAGUCUUAUUUUCUCAUCGGACGAUUAAUUGAACCAUUUUCCCAUAUAUCCCGUACAUACCUUUCUUCGUGUUCUUUAUCCCCUAAAGCAACAAAAUACGGACACAGAUAUCUUAACAUCUUUCUGUCCCUUGUAUAUUUGAAUAAUAUUGCGUUUUGUAUUUUUGCCUAUUGUAAUGUUUUAACCUCAUUAUUAUUAUGUCUGUGUUUGUCCAUGCCUCUUUUUUUUUUUUCUUCUUUUUUUUCUUUUUUUUUUUUUUUUCUUCUCUAGCCUUUAAGAUUUCAUAGCCAGGUCAAAACGUGGUCAGAGCUAUUUAUAGUGUGUACAGUUUUCCUAUGAAGUGCAACGUUAUGUGACCUUUCGUAUCCACCACCAACCCCAUAACGUCAAAAAGCAGCAUUUAUCUAAGGAAAAAGAAAAUAUAAAAAAAAAGUCUAAUGAAAUAAAUGAAAAAAACAAAAAAAAAACAACAUGAAACCGCAAAAAAAAAUAUUCCUGAAUGAACUACGUUGGUCCCACUCUGUGAACACCUUUCAACAAUGGAUGAGUUAACAAUUGUGUAAGGUUUCGAUAUUAUUUAUGACGAACACCGCCGACUGAGUUUUUCUUUAGCUGUUGUAAAUUUUAUGUUUGACACUGAAUAUUUUAAUCGUAUUGCAACUCAUGUAUUAGGUAACUGGUGUUCGAACGAGACUGGUUCCAAAUUGUGUUGGUAUUCGAUGUGACCACAUGGUACGGGCUUUCUGACUGAAUACAAGCUUGAAUCCAAACAAA